ACUCGAACGCAGUAGACCCACGGCCAUAUUGAUCCCGUGAAGAAGAAGGGGAGACGCAAAGUGACAAGAUUUUUUCACGAUUUUCUGCCAAUUUCGGGGAUGAAUUGGAAAAAAUGAGCGAUGAAGAGAGGGAUAUCGACAUUGAGAGUGAUGAUGAUGAGUCACUGCAAGGGGGCACACGCGGGGAGUUCCAGUUUGCAUCGCAGGCGGAGAAGAGGGCGCACCAUAAUGCCCUCGAGAGAAAACGCCGCGAUCACAUCAAGGAUUCCUUUUGUUCCUUGAGAGAUUCUGUGCCUUCUCUGCAUGGAGAGAAGUCUUCGCAGGCCAGCCGUGCACAAAUAUUGAAAAAAGCUGCCGAUUACAUUGAGUUCAUGAGGCAGAAGAAUUCCGCUCACCAGCAGGACAUUGAUGAUCUGAAGAAGCAGAACACUCUUCUUGAAAACCAGAUUCGAUCUUUUCCAGUCCGUUCUUUAGAGAAGACCAAGUACACUGGCAACUUCGCAGCUAUGACCAGCAACAAUGCUCUUCUCAACAACAAAGCGGGUUCCCUUGUGGAGUUUGACGGCUCUGGGUCGGACACCAGUGACUCUGAGAUGUCGAACAGCGUCCGUCGAAAGAAGCUGAAGACGUAGCUAAAGCAGCGGGUGGGAAGCCUGUACAUUGCCAGUUGAUAUCUGAGAGAAAGGAAGAACAUUGAAGAAAAAAAGGAAGAAGGUGGAGAGAGAAAGAGAGCGCGCACGUAAAAUGACAGUUAUAACUUUUCUUUUUGUUCCCUCCCAUUCUGUAAUGCAACAACAGAAAAAUGUCAGUUCAUAGAGCAGAGCAGUGAUGGAGUUUUAUGUAGGGGUACAAAGCAUAAUAGUUCCAAGGUUUCAGUUUCUUAGAAGAUGGCUUUUGGGGGUAACCAAAGUCUCAAACAGUUGUACAAAUUUGCAAAAGGCCAUAUUUCAGAGCUUAACAUUUCCCCCUCCUCUUUCUAGUUUCUGUUAGCUUUUUUUUUUUUUUUUUUUUUUUUUUUUUUUUUACCACUUUCAUACGUUAGAUCUUGGCUUUAGAUGUUGGUGCGUUUUGUACUGGUGCACUUGUUUCUUGAGUGAUUACGAAGGAUUAUUUUAUUGUUAUUGUUAUUAUUAACAUGUUUUGUUACUUUAUUUUAUUUAUGAUUUUUCAAUUUUUUAAUUUUUUAUUUUUUUAACAUCUGUGUCUAGCUAUGUGCAUUGGAGGUGCUUGAUGUAGUAUGUAUAUAUUUCUUACGUUAUACACGACUAGUUGGUUACCUCCAAUGUUUCAGCACAUUUUUAGGGUCCCAAGUCAAGAUUUUAAAAUAAUGAAGGAUUUCUUUUUCUGGAACUGUCAACACUGAUACGAAAACUAAUCCCCAGGUGUAAAUGGUGAAAAUUUACACUGCCAGAGAGAAGAAUAAAAGCUGUUGAUAUAUAGCAAGAUGUCAUUAAUUUCAGAUGUAUGAUUUUUUUUCCUUUUUUUCCAGUUUAUAUUUUUAGGCUUGAAAUGUAACAGUUCAAAGUAUGAUUGACUGGGUGUAAUGCUGAAGAAAGUAGGAGAGAAAUUUUCUCAUGUAGUGGUAGCAAUUUGGGUCUGUUGGUUAUAAGAGUUUAAGUGUAAAUGAUGGAGAAGUGUGUGAAUUUUUUUCUCAUGUCUUUUUUUUUUAUUUCCUUGCUGUUUAUUAUUAUUGAUUUUCAAAACUUUAUUCUUUAAAUUCCACACAUUUCCAGAAGAUUCUAUAUUUAUGUACAGUAUUAAAACUUGAAAAAAAUAAAGAUAUUGAUGUUCAGACAUAGUGUAUAUUAUAAAAUUUCCUGGGGAUAUGGUGACAUCCAUGUAUUAAUUGAAGGAGAAGAAAAUGCAGUUAUGAUGCCAAGUGGUGUAUCAUUGAGAUGUACAAUUGCUUCAGUAAUGUGUUUAAGGAGGGUUCCAUGGAAUAUAAAGAUUUAGUAGAAUGAAGCCAAUAUAAGCAGAUGGUGAUGUAUUUUCCUGCGCCAUACUGAACCACAAGUUAGGCUCCACAAGCAGAACUAGAAACACAGGAAAUGUUGUGUCCUUUUGUCUCUAUAAUUUUGGCUGCAGUACACAUGAUCUUUCAGCUAAUGAGGCUAAAAAGAGACCAUAAGCCUACCUUGAAGUGCUUGUACCUCCACAGUCAAUGCAGUUUGGGUCAAAGAAGUGAACUAAUUCACACAGCAGAGAGCAGGCUCAAAUGUACAUGACAAAGAUACUAUCCAUGUGACAAGUGGGCCCAGUUUUACUUGGCAUGAAUAGAUACCUUCUUUCAUUAAUUGUUAAUUUCUCUCCUUUACUGCAAAUUGUCAUUUCUUGACAUGUAUCUGCAUUUAAUCCUUGCUCACAGUGUAUAUAGAGAAAUGAUAAAGAAAACAAGACAUGUUCAAUUUUUGCAAUGUACUCUUAUAUCACUUGUUUUCCUUCUUUAAAUGCUUCAACUACUAAAGCCGGAACAGGCCUGAUUAUGUGUUCAUAUAAAUGUGUUCAGAAAUAUGACAUUCCAGAUUGCUUGUCUUAAAGACAAUUAACAUCUUGCUGAAGAGCAAACUUAAAACAUGUAGAUUUCAGCCACUUCACAAGCAAACUCCCAGAAUGACUUACUGCCAUUAACAGAUACAUUUGAUUCUAUAUGUAAUUAAUAACUAUUUUCUCUUUGCUUAGUGAUUAGUUAUCAAGGCAUAAAGGAAAAAAAUGUUCAUAAAGGAACAAGAAGUCUAAGGAAAUUUUUUUAGGAAAAGUAUCUUGUGAAGAAUAAUUUUUUAAAUGUGUAGAUAAAUUGAAACAAACAUUAAUUCAACAGAUCCAGUAUUAUAUAUUUAUAUUUUUCUUGAGAUUUUAUUAUAGAGAGAUUAUUAUAGUCCUUUGUGCUGAUAGCAUGUAGAUAUUAAAAGGAAGAAAGUGUGGGGAAUACGUAGACAUACCAUUAUGAAGUAAGUGUGCAGUUAUAUACUGAAGAUAUGAUGACAAUAUCCCCAUGUUAUGUCUUUGAUGAUUACAAUCACUUCCAUACAUUUCCCAUUUCUAUAGACAGCUUCAAAAAUGUGUGAAAAGAUUUAUUACGACUCCUUUGCAUAGAGGAAAAAAGUAGAAACAGAAGAGUAUGUAUUUUGGAAUAAGUAAGAACAUCAUUAGAAAAAUAGCAGCAUAAGAGAACAAAAGUGGUUUUCAAUGAAACACCAGUGAAAUAAUUUGACUAAUGAUAAUGGCAUAUGAAAGGAAAUCUAAGCCAAGGUGGUGGUGCGAUGUGUCAAUUUCUUUUUCUUGUUACCUUGGAUAUUUUUUUUUUAUUUGUUUAAUGAAGCUGUUACUUUCCCAUUUCCUUGUAUGUAAUAAACUUCUGUUAAUGA